AAAAUGCAUUGCGCCAUCACGCUCUACCAAGAAGACUGUGGAAGCCAAAGAACUUAGACGCGAUUUCAGUCCGUUUGAAACUACCGAACGAGGAGGUUAAGCCGAACGCCGUUUGGAAAAAACAUCGCGUUAAUACUAUGAAAUAAACAUUUUCAUAUAAAUAAUUAAAUAUAUUAAUAAAUUAGAUAUCGCAGUGGAUUGUGUUAUAUUUAUUUCGUCGGUUGUGUUGUGAUGAAAAUUAUAUAUAUUCUAUCAUAGUUUUGUGAACUAUACAGUUACAUUAAUUUUGGAAUACGCUUUUUCAUAUAAGAAGAAAUAGUUUAAAGAAAGAUCUGUCGCAUUCAACGAAAACAUGUGACAUCCGCCGUCGCUGGCGGUCAGAUUCAAAGACAAAAUUCACGACGGGAAUGAUAUUGAGUAUAUUAUUGAAACGUGGUAUGCCCCCUAGAGUCUAACUGUCAGCCUUCGGGGAAUUUUCCUUUUUCCACAAUUACUAUGAAACACCAACCCCAUCUACCGGCUGUUGCCGUUAUAUUUUUGAUUUCCCUACAAGUCGGAGUCAUAUGCAAUCAAGAUGGCGCUUUACUCGAAGAGCAAUCCACGCCGAAACCCACGCCCGAGCAAGACGAAUCGCUUCUUCUCAAUUCGGACCUUCCAAUUUUUUUAGCGGAACCCCAGAACGCGUUCGUGGUAAAAGGUCGUCCGGCUACGUUGCAAUGUCGCGCCGCGCACGCGCUUAGUCUCUAUUUCAAAUGCAACGGCGCCAAGAAAAUAGAAACCGUCGAAAAUUGGUUCGUAGAUCCACAAAACGGCGUGCGGAUUUUUGAGGCCGAUGCGAACGUUACUAGAAAAAUGGUCGAAGAAUUUUUCGGUAAAGAAAAAUUCAAGUGCGAGUGUUAUGCUUGGAGCGGAAAAGGAAGUAUCAAAAGUCAACCUGCUACUGUCGAAAUUGCGUACCUCAAAAGGCAAUUCGAAGCAAAUCCCGAGUCGACUUAUAUGGUGGAACUCGGCCAUCAGGUAGAUCUGAAAUGUGUGGCACCUGCUGGAAUGCCACCUCCCAGAGUUUAUUGGCUGAGAGGUGGUCAGAUUUUACAAUCCGAUACCGAUGUAUUGGUGACCAGCGAAGGGCAUCUUCUAAUAGGACAGGCUCGUGCCCAAGACACCGGAAAUUACACCUGCGUCGCUGAAAAUAUAGCUGCGAAAAGAAUGGCGCCGACAUCGCAAAUUCUUGUUUUCGUGAAUGGGGGAUGGUCUUCUUGGUCUUCGUGGCAGGAUUGUCGUUGUCCCGGAGCAACCCUCGCAGCUGGAAAGAUGAGUACGAGAACUUGUACGAAUCCCGCCCCAAGUAACGGAGGUAAAUCUUGCCAAGGAUCCGCUAUUCGAAGAACAAAAGAUUGUAUUCCUUGUCCACAAGAAGAGCUCGUGCUGGACAAUGCUUACGACUAUGAUACUAGCGAUAAUGCGUACGUUGAUCCUGCUAGAUGGUCCGCUUGGUCGGAAUGGUCAGAAUGCAACCAGGAUUGUAAUAAAAUUAGGAAAAGGGAAUGUAUUCCUAGUUCCGAAGGAAGAAAAACUUGUUCAGGAAAAGAUACGCAAAGUAUGAAAUGCACCACGGAUCAAUGCAGAUCAGUUGAGCUCACCAAAGUUAGAGAAGCUAAUAUCCAGAACACGCAAAACGAUAUUCUGCUCUACAUCGGACUCACAGUUGCCAUUUUCCUGGUUUGUUUUCUAUCGUUUUUCGUUAUCAAAAUAUAUAGAAAAAAAGGACAACAUCAAAGUCUGUACAACAUGGCAUCUAACGAUUACCAUCCGGAGUUUUUUCCUGAUCCAGAUAAGAAAUCACUAACGCUACAACCGGACGUUACUCAAACCGUUCCACCGUGCUACGAAUACCCUUACACGAACCCAGCGUCGUCGGUAACACGUUCCGUUUCAGAACACCAUUACGACGUACCUCAUUUAACUUCCGGAAGCGAUAUCCAAAUGUCACCGGCGACCAGUUCGACUCUGGAAUCCUCCAGCGGCAAAAGGAGUCAACUCAGCGGUUUUACAAAUAAUUCCGAUUCGACAUACGAAGUAGCAACGGAUACAGUUACUUUACCAAUAGCUACCCUACCAACAGCGUAUGCGGUCACCCCCACAACGAGUGGUAACUACACCAGUUCCACCUUAUCCAACGUAGGAGGCUUUUUGAAUUUAUCCGAAUCGUCAGUUAGUCUUUUAGUUCCGGAAGGAGCCCUAUCCAGAACAAGAAAACAAGAAUUAUUUCUAUCGAUACUCAACGAAGACUGUUUCAGGCCUAAAUUAGCCGAAGGCUUAACUCAAUUAAGUCCUGUAGUAUCUUGCGGACCGAAUAUUUCUUUAAACAAAGCCGUGGUAUUAAAAGUACCUCACUGCGCUGAGAUAACAAGAAAUAACUGGCAGAUAUCUAUACUACAAAGUGAUUGCAGCGACUCCCAGUGGCAAAACGCGGCAACUUUAGGUCAAGAAACUAUAAACACGAACGUUUUCUGUCAAUUAGACAAAUCCUCUGCCUAUUUAGUGACGGAAUCUUUAGCUAGGUACGUCAUAGUAGGUAGAUCAGCUAAUGGAGCUGCGAUAAAAAGACUGAAGCUAGCCGUUUUCGGACCGAAACUUUGUUUCCAAUCCUCUGGAGAUUAUAGUAUAAGAGUUUACGUUUUAGAAGAUACCGAUUCAUCAAUGGAGACCGUUUUUGGUCAAGAAAAACGACUCGGCGGAUAUCUCCUCGACGAACCGAGAUCGAUUACCUUCCAAGACGGCGGAAGCAACCUCUGUUUAUCCGUAGAUAAUGUUAGCGACGGUUGGGGGGCGAAACCUUCAACUAAUUACCAAGAAAUACCUUUCAAACAUCUAUGGCAAGCUAAUAGUAACAGUUUACACUGUUCUUUCACCCUGGAAAACUACGAACUCAGCAGAUUGUUGAACUUCAAGCUUCGCGUCAAUCAAAAAGGAUUCGACUACAUCCAAGUGUUUGAUAUCCACUGCAAAGACGACGGAAUAGAAUUGGCCGAAAAAACUAGUUCAGGUAAAUUCAACCACAACGAAUUUGUGCCAAAAACGUGCGAAACCACGAAAUCUAACGACAGCAGAAAAGGCGUAGAAUACGCGAAAAGUGCCAAAAGACUCGAUACUAAAAAUAUGAUCGUAACCGAUAGAGGUGUUUCAACUUGCGACGAUUUCAACUUUAGGUUAUCCAAAACGCUUAGAAAACAAUUAUGUCAAUGCCUCGAUCCGCCCACGCCACGCGGUAACGAUUGGAGAAUGCUGGCGCACGCUCUUAAAGUCGAUAGGUACAUCAAUUUCUUCGCCACCAAACCAUCACCGACAGAUUGCAUAUUAGAUCUGUGGGAAGCCAGACAUAGAAGCAGCAACGCUCUAACCGAACUCAAACAGAUAUUCAACGAAAUGGAGAGGUUCGACGCCGUUAACGUUUUAGAUAAUUCUCUGGGGCCUAAUUGGUUGUAAUUUUUUUUCUUCUAUCAAUUGUAUAUAUGGUAUUCUUUUCGAAUUGAAAUGGCAGAUUGUGUAUCCGUAAAAACAAUUUAUAAAUAUCUCAAAAAAUAGAUAAAUAAUAUUUAUUAUUUUACAAAAAAAUGACAGCUCUUAGGGAAAAAUCACAGGAGACCUUUUUUGUAGAAAAUGUCUUAAACUACAUUUUUUAUCCCUCCACGUUUUUCGAAAUUUUGCACAAAUUUCGAGUUAUUUGCAAAAUUCGGAAUAUUGAAAAUUUAGUAAGAUGCGAACCCAAAGUAUGAGCGCAUUUUACAAAAAAAUGACAGCUCUUAGGGAAAAAUCACAGGAGACCUUUUUUGUAGAAAAUGUCUUAAACUACAAUUUUUGUUCGUCCACUUUCUCCAAAAUUUUACACAGAUUUCGAGUUAUUUGCAAAAUUCGGAAAAUUGAAAAUUCAGUUAAGAUGCGACCCCAAAGUUUGAGCGGAUUUUACAAAAAAAUGACAGCUCUUAGGGAAAAAUCACAGGAGACCUUUUUUGUAUAAAAUAUCUUAAACUACAUUUUUAUCCCUUCAAGUUUUUCGAAAUUUUGCACAGAUUUCGAGUUAUUUGCAAAAUUCGGAAAAUUGAAAAUUCAGUUAAGAUGCGACCCCAAAGUUUGAGCGGAUUUUACAAAAAAAUGACAGCUCUUAGGGAAAAAUCACAAGAGUCCUUUUUUGUAUAAAAUAUCUUAAACUACAUUUUUAUUCCCUCAAGUUUUUCGAAAUUUUGCACAGAUUUCGAGUUAUUUGCAAAAUUCGGAAAAUUGAAAAUUCAGUUAAGAUGCGACCCCAAAGUUUGAGCAGAUUUUACAAAAAAAUGACAGCUCUUAGAUGAAAAUCACAAGGAACCUUUUUUGUAGAAAAUAUUAUAAGCUAUAUUUUUUAUUUCUUCACGUUUUUCGAAAUUUUGCACAGAUUUCGAGUUAUUUGCAAAAUUCGGAUUUAGUAAGAUGCGACCCCGAAGUUUGAGCGCAUUUUACAAAAAAAAUGACAACUCUUAGGGAAAAAUCACGAGAGACCUUUUUUAUAUAAAAUAUCUUAAACUACAUUUUUAUCCCUUCACGUUUUUAGAAAUUUUGUACAAAUUUCGAGUUAUUUGCAAAAUUUCGAAUAUUGAAAAUUUAGUAAGACGCGAACCCAAAGUUUGAGCACAUUUUACAAAAACACGACAGCUGUUAGGGAAAAAUCACAAGAGACCUUUUUUGUAGAAUAUAUCUUAAACUACAUUUUUUAUCUCUUUCCGUUUUUCGAAAUUUUGCAUAGAUUUAGAGUUAUUUCCAAAAUUAGGAAUAUUGGAAAUUUAAUAAGAUGCGACCCCGAAGUUUGACCGCAUUUUACAAAAAAAUGACAGCUCUAAGGGAAAAAUCACAGGUGACCUUUUUUGUAGAAAAUGUCUUAAACUACAUUUUUUAUCCCCUCACGUUUUUCGAAAUUUUGCACAGAUUUCGAGUUAUUUGCAAAAUUCGGAAAAUUGAAAAUUCAGUUAAGAUGCGACCCCGAAGUUUGAGCGCAUUUUACAAAAAAAUUACAGCUCUAGUAUAAAUGAUUAUAGAUGAUCGAAAAGGCGCUUAUUUCUAGUGAAAUUCACGUAACGGGUUAAUUUUAGGAAGUAUUUGUCUAAAUUUUAUUAGUCGUACACAUUUUUUUAAAACAGAAACGUCAAAUUGACAACUACUUCAACUUCAACAACAAAUACUUUUCUUUUGACUUAUACCUGUAUAUAUUUGAUCGAUUUUUUACUAGAAUCAUCGCAAUUUAUUGAUUCCUAGACCAUAUUCUUUCACCAAUAUCUUUCUAGAAAGUUUUCUUUUGAAAUCAAUUUAUUAUAACAUAUUUCAAACUAUAUGUAGAUCAAAUAGUUCUGCAUAUGUCUAAAUCAUUGAAAAUCCGUAAAACUCAACCACCAUUUCCAAGCCUACGCGUUUUAAUUUCUGGUUCUUCGAGCCUUAGGUUCAUAUACGGCUCGAAGGACCAGAUUUGUAACUGUGAAUACGGAGUAGUAGGUUAGAUUAGGUUGUUUUAAACUGGUUCUAGAUCACUCGAGAACCUGAGUUAACUAUCCUUGUAUUGUUUAUUUUUAAGCAGUUUCAACUCAAUUUAGUGUGUCGUCUUCAAAGCAGAUCGUUUCCAUAUAUCGUCUAUGUACGAAACCAAAAGGGUGUUUCGAUAUAAUUCCUAUGUGCAGCAACAUUUGGAUUGCUUCUAGAGCUGCUUACGGAUUUGUGAAUCCCCGGAGCAACUAUCCCCUGCACUUUCUUUAAAUUAUCACAUGUAUACGAUAUUUAUGUAAGGAUUUACUUUCUCAAAUUAUUUAUAAACAUGUAUAAUUGAACAAACUGCCAUUUUUGUUUGUGAAAUCUUCAUUUCUGGCAGGUGUGUGUCUUGUGGAAUUGCAAGACUUCUAAUACCUGUUGUAAAAUAUUUUAAAAAAUUAUUAACGAUGCUAGCGAAUUUAUAUGUAAUGUAAGUAAAUAAAAUUCCAAAAUAAUUCCAAAACAAUGACUUAUAUUACAAAUGGGGAUGAAAGGAAAGUAAUUUAUUAGUUAUAAUUGGCGCGGUCAGUAGGAAUACCCAAAAAUAGUGAAAUUUACUUCAAAAAAAGCGACAAAAUGUAUUAAAUAAAUGUUUUUAAUGAAAUAAAACUGUUUCAGGCAAUAAAGUAACAUACAGGUGGCAGUUGUAUGUAAAAAUAUAAAAUUAUUUUGGAAUUUUUUCGCUAUCUUCGAAUUAUGCUUUAAUUUAAUUUAAAAAAAAUAAUUUCUCGAAUUUAUAUUUAUGUAAAAAUGAAUUUUAUAUUGUAUGUUGUUAGAUUGUGAAGUAACAAAUAUAUAGUUUGACAAAAAAAAUUCGAAUUGGACCAAGUUCCAGAGUUAUUGUGCAAUUUGUUACAGGGUGUGCCAGAUUAUUCCAUAAUUUAAGUUGACCGAGGUAUUUUGAUAUUAAAAAAUAUUAUUAACCGAAUUUAUGUAGCACUGGAUGCUUCGUACUAAGAAUUUGUAGAACGUUAAUAAGUUGGUUCGCCCUGUAGAUAUUAUGCUUCAUUUUUUCCACCCCUUAAAGAAAAAAUGGAGAUUUUUUUAGAACGAAAACUUGUAUUCUGUUGACAAUAUUUAUUCACUUGUUAUAAAAAGUGCACUACACCAUUAAAUAAAAAAGUAGUAGACAUUACGAGAACUGAAUAUGAAAAAAAAAUAAUUGCAAAAUAUUUCUGAAAUACCUAUCGAUACAGAGUGUUUUAUAAUUGAAUUAUUUUUGCAUAUUUUACAGCUUUUCAUUAUUUUUAGCUUCUUAAAUUUUUUUUUGGAGCUUAUUUUAUCAACUGCAUCUUUAAUUCCAAUAAAAAAAUGGAAAAAUUUGAGGAGGAUUAUACAGUGGUAAAUAAUGGCUUCCCCGCAUAUGUAUUGCACAGUACAUAUAACGAAAAGAAGUUUCAAGCUCAUUCUAUGCCAAAACAAAUUCAAUAUUUAUAAGAAUUUUGUAGUUUUUAUAGAAAAAAUAGAGUACAUAACUCGUUAGAAACAAACUUUCCAACAUUGGCGUGUUGUUUUGUGUACGAAAUGUUUUGUAAACGAAUGACGAUUUAGAAUGACUUUUUUACUAUUUUUCUUUCUUUAAAAACCAAAGAGUGGCAAAAAUAUACAGAAAACAUAAAGUGACAUUGAAAAUAGAACGCCCAGUAUCAAUUAAUCGAUUGAAAUUGGAGAAAUAUCUAACUGUAGAGAAACAAAAAACAGAAAAAUUGAUAAUGUGUUCUUAGAUAUAUGAUCCCAGGUGACUUGUACCUCAUAUUGAACUACCUCUAGAGUCUAGACCAUCUAGUAACCUAACCUAACCUAACCUAGGUGAAAAAUCUAUGGAAACGAAUACCACAAAUUUAUUUGAUUGUCUUCAAAAUGACUCAACGUAGUCGUGUCCGAAUAUAAAACAAAACAUGUAAUUCCACAACCUCUUAUCUUGUUAACUGUAGUGAAAUUUCUCUAUUGAAAGCUCCAGUUUACCCAUUUUGUGCAUCAAGCCAAUCGAUCAUAGCUUAUAGGAAAAUCCGAGGUAAAUCAAAAAUUUCUGAUCCAACUAUGAGCAAUUUGCAGCAAGUGAACUGAACUGUUAAUAAUAUUGUUAAUAAUAAUAUGAUAUAAACGGGGUCGUAGGAACAAUAUAGUGUUAUACUCGUUGAAAACAUUUUUUUGACACCAAUGCUUCGUCACUCGUGUACUAAUACUAAGAGAUGCAAUAACUAACAAACUGCUGUUAUAAAAAUUAAUUCAAUGUAUUUUUCACCAUACCUCGUAUAUAUUUACACAUUUUAAUGGACAAAAUAGACAAAUCACAUAUUUGAUUGUUACUUUCAAUUAUAUUAGUGUUUUUCGUCGCUUUUUUUCAUUUCAAUAACGAGUUUGGUACUUUUCCUUUUGCACGAUUUCUUUUCAAUCCUCAUCAAUUUUUCUGUGUGACUGCCAGUUAGAAAUCGUAUGCUAAUUAGCCUAGUGACACACUAGUAAUCGAGAUACCUGAUAAUUUAAUGAAAUUGUAACAAGGAAAAGUAGAAUUUUUAUACAAAAGAAAAUCAAAAGUAGUUUUUUAGAUAUUUUAGAAAUGGUUUGUACAAAAUAAAACGGAUAAUAUUCAUUGUAAACUAGAUGCAGUUCUAAACGUUGACAUAUAUAAUGUGUAAUCUAGAAAUUAUAUAUAAUGAUGAUGUAUAUAAAGUCAAUAUAUUGACAAUUUUUUAUUAAAA